AUCUCUCGCUCUCUCUCAUAUAAAUAUCUCCAUCACCACCUCCUCCGUCCAUUACCAUCUCUCCAUAUUCCUCUGCACUUGCAGACGAAACGAAGCGUCUGAGAGUACAGCUCUUUUGAAUCCGCAGGUGAAAGAUGGCGUCGAACGAACCGGAAAGCUGCGAGCAGCUCGCGGCGUGUCCUAGCUUCAACAGCUACUCCGCCAAUCGGCUCGCCGACGUCGCUAACCGGGUCGCUCUUGAGGACGAAGACGAGGGACGCGGCUCCUCCGAGUCGGAGCCCACUUCUUCGGGAAAUGAUUUGAGGGGCGGUUGUCACGAGGCCGGGGACGAUGAUUUCGAGUUCGUCUCGCUCGUCAGGGAGCACCACGAGGUCCUGAUCAACGGCGGCCAGAUCGGCCCGGUCUUCCCGGUGUUCAAUCGAGACCUUCUACACGUGCGCGGUGACAGGGCUUCGGACCGCGAAGCGAAGGCGGAUCGGGAUCACGACCGCGAAGGUGCGGUGUCUUCGAUAAGGAUUCCGUUGAAGGACUUGUUCGUCGAAGAUCGCGAUCCUCCGUCGUCGUCGUCGUCGGAAGCCGACGAGCUGGAAGGGAUACCGGAGGGCAGCUACUGCGUGUGGACGCCGAAGUUGCCGGCGGGUUCGCCGCUGUCGCCUAGCCGGUGCAAGAAGAGCAGCUCGACGGGGUCGUGCUCGAAGCGGUGGAGGUUGCGCGACCUGCUCCGCCGCAGCAACAGCGAAGGGAAGGAAUCGUUCGUGUUCUUGACGCCGAGCUCGAGGUCGAGCUCCAUGUCGAGGAGCAGCGACGCGAAGGCCGGAGGGGAAGCGAAGGAGAAGGCGAGCCCGCCGUCCGACCAAGCUGUCGUGGUCGCGGGGAGGAGGAACAAGGCUAAGGAGAAGGAGACGGCGGCGGCGGCGUCGGCGCACGAGGUGUUCUACGUGAGGAACAGAGCACUGAAGGAAGGCGACAAGCAUAGGUCGUACUUGCCGUACAGGCGAGGCCUGGUCGGCUUCUUCGCCAACGUGAACGGAUUGGGGAGGACGUUUCCUCCUUUCUGAGCUCCGGCGCAAUUUCGCUUUUUCUUUUUUAUUUAUUUAAUUAAAUUAAUGGGUUUGCCGGUUUGGUUUACUCAACGACG